CUCCAACCUAGGCGCAAUUCCAAUACCACAUUGCCAACUCCCCGGACCCCCCGAUACACUUCGUGGAGAUAAAGCAUACACUGGCAGGCUAGCGCGCACGAGUACACCGUUGUCUGUUCUGAACCUACUAGCAGCCAGGCACGUAAGCCUUGUGCAAAGGGCAGCUAUAUCGGUUCAGUGGUUUCGCCUGUUGUGUGUUUGACCGCCCCAUGAAAGAGUCAGAUGGCGACAUCACGACCGCCACAGCAACAACAAGAAGCACAGCUCCAGCAGCUCCCCCAUUCGGCGACCUCGGUACCAUUCCCAGGAGCAGCAACAGCGGCAGCAGGUCUACAUAGUAACAACAUGCGCCUCUCAGUCCCGGGAUCGUUACCACCACGGCCUCGCCUGGCUCCGCCACCACAGCCUACGUCCUUCGCAGCAAUCCACCACCCUCAAGCACGUGACGUUUCCAGCCUACACCCAGUCUUCUUCACAGAGCGGCUGCAAAGAACGCCAUUUCCUCAAGCGCAAAGCGGUGGUAGCGGUGGUGGCAGCGGCAGAGGCGGCGGAGGGUUUCCGGCAAGUCAUCACCACAAUCCUGUAGCGCACGGGUACAUGUACCACGAGACUCGGCGGCGGGCGGAAGGGAGCAGCGUGCCAAGGUUAUGAACACUGCGCAGGCUUUCGAUAUAGGGUAAUGGCAAAGAGAGUAUAUGGCGUUCUGGCUCCGGGCAAUUCAACUGUUUGUUUCUUGGCGUGUCCAUUGGGUUAUCUCUCUC